AUGCUCUCUAACAUACGAGGCCAGAAACUCUUCGGAGCCACCGCUACCCUUUGGGUGCUCUUUGCACUCACAAUCUUCCUUGAUCUAGCGUCUGCCUUACCGCAACAGCUAUUCGGCAAUGGACUUUCUCGGCGUACAGGCAAUGCGCCAGGAAUUGGCGUUGAACUUGAAAUGGGGAAAAUCGUCAUCGAAGGCAAGCAGAAAUUAACGGCAGAGAAACGAGAGAAGAUAAAGGGCGCCGAAAUGAUACCUACUGGCUUCGCGGGGGGGCCGAAGACUAACUGGGAGCUCACUGCCGAGGUUGGCCCACUUCAAGUCAUGCCAGAGGCCGUUGUCGAUGGUCUCAAGAAUAAAGUUGGAGACCAUAAGAUGAAAGGCAUCGGAGACGAGAUUUUCAAAUUCUUUGAAAGCUGGGCGCCAUGCGCAGGCAAAGACUGCAAAGUUACUAUUAAAGGCUUUGACAACCUUGGUCCAUGGUCAGUCAAAUGGCCAAAGAAUGUGCCAGUGGACCUUUCCAAAUUUCCCUUCGGCCCACAAGUAACGACUGCGAUGCCCUUGGGAGCUGUUCAGGAGAUUCUCAGCGACACGAAAAGCAAAACCCAUAAUCCGCUAGCUAGUAUGGGGGCGCUGUAUGGGAGCAAGAUCAAGAUACUCACAAAGAAUGAUUUCAAGUCUUUCUCCAAGAUCAAAGCAAAUGACAUUACUGACGAGUUUCUUGGCUAUUUCUCCCUCCUGACAUCUUAUUGUAUUCUGGCCGACUUCGGUGACCCCAAAGAAGGUCCAAAGCGUUUGCUUCCGAUCAUGCCUCGCACCGACUUUGUUGCUCAGUACACCCAGUUUAUCGAACCGAAGCUGAAGAACCAACUUUCCGACAAGAAGAUAUCCUUGUAUGAUAUUGUCGAGAAAGUGUCUGGAGCAGGUCCCAAGCUUGCUAAACAAACAUUCAAAUGGAAGCCCGGAACAGUAACCAAAAUCAACGACAACUGGAUCGGCAAAGCAGAAGAUCUCAAGACUGGAACUUUGGAAGUGGAGAAGUUUCUGAACUACGUGCAAGGGUACGACAAGGCGACCAAGAAGACACUUACCCAAAUGGAUCUCGUGAAGCUUAUGGACAAGACAAUGCGGCACGGCCAGAUUGGAAGUUUCGGUAGCAAGAUGGAAACAGUCCUGGGAACGAGUAAACCUGCCCCUAUCUUUGAGUUUCGCGAGCUUACUCCGGUUCUUGGGACUGCCCUCGGAGAUACUAUGGGGUCAUAUGAAGAUAAGGUUAUCGAGUACCACAAGCGUUUUGCGAAGCGCAGUAUUGAUGUUCGAGAGGACGCGGACAUAUUACAAGAAGAACAGAUGGGACUUAGCUGA